AUGCCGGGCGUCAUCGGAAUCAUUAUCUGCAACGGCACCAAUCCUCCUAGGAGGAGGAAGGGUGACCCGCUUCCCAAGAACGGUGAUUCAAUUCCCAAGGAGAAGACGUUGAACCCCCUGGCCCUGGCAUUCAUCCCCAAGGGCCUGGAGCCCACACCUCCGAGUUCUGCGAAUUCUUCUCCAAGUUCGACAAAAGCCGACGUCAGCGUGCUGCCUGGCUACAAGUCCCUGAAAGGGAACAGGUAUCAUCUCCCUCAUAUGGGCCCUUGCUCUUACAACAUUGACGCAGUUUGGCGCCCUGUGUCUUCUAUGCACCAUCCAUCUUCUCAAGGGGUCUACAACCAAGGCCAUCAUCGUCAGGCCUCCUAUGGCUCUGCCUCCAGUGGCAUGCACGGCUUCUAUCAAGGAGCCUAUACGGCCUAUCAGCCAACUCCGGCUGCUGCCGCCGCCACCAACGAAUCACACAUGAGCUUUUCUCGCAAUAUUUACCGAGAGGUGAUGGCGGAGUUGAACAACCCGUCUCCGCCGAGGCACUUCGUGUAUCAACAAGCACCCUUUUACUACCCUCCCACCAGUGGGCAAACAUGUUGA